AUGCCGGCCACCUGGGUUCCCAACGUUGACCCGGCCAGCGAGUUCUCGCUGGCCAACAUCCCGUUCGGCAUCAUCUCGACGCCGGCCGACUCGUCGCCGCACCCUGCCGUCGCCAUCGGAUCUUCCGUCCUGGACCUCAAGGUCCUGGCCGCAGAGCCCGACUUCGGCAAGGUCUUCCCCUCUCUCCAGGACGGCGCGCACGUCUUCUCCGCAAACUCGCUCAACGCCUUCGCGGCGCUGGGCCGCCCCGUCCACAGGCAGGUCCGCAAGGACAUCCAGGAGCUGCUGUCCGAGGGCACGGCCCACGCGGCGUUCCUCAGGGACAACGCGGCCCUGCGCGAGCGCGCCCUGCUGCCGCAGCGCGGCGUCAAGAUGCACCUGCCCAUGGAGAUCGGCGACUACACCGACUUCUACGCGGGGCGGCACCACGCCUACUUCCUAGGCGUCAUGUUCCGCGGGCCGCAGAACGCGCUGCAGCCCAACUACACGCACCUUCCCGUCGGGUACCACGGGCGGGCCUCGAGCGUCGUGGUCUCGGGCACGCCCGUGCGGCGGCCCUGGGGCCAGAUCCUGCUGGACCCGGCCGCGGAGCCCAAGGUGCCGACGACGGCGCCGUGCCGGCGGCUCGACAUCGAGCUGGAGCUCGGGUGCUUCCUGUGCAAGCCCAACGAGAUGGGGACGCCGGUCGGGGUCGACGAGGCCGAGGAGCACAUCUUUGGGUACGUGCUGCUCAACGACUGGAGCGCGCGCGACAUCCAGACGUGGGAGUACGUGCCGCUGGGCCCGUUCAACAGCAAGAACUUUUGCUCGACCAUCAGCCCCUGGGUCGUGCUGGCGGACGCGCUGGAGCCGUUCCGGACCAAGGGGAUCGAGAACGAGACGGAGCUGCAGGACUACCUGAGGGAAGCGCGCGAGGACAACGUGCUGGACAUCCGGCUGGAGGUGGACAUUACGACGCCGGAGGGCGACACGACGACCAUCUCCAGGACGAGCGCCAAGAACCUCAUGUGGUCGUUCCCGCAGAUGAUCGCGCACCACUCGCUGGGCGGGUGCCCGAUGCGGACGGGCGACCUGCUGGGGUCCGGCACGAUCAGCGGCACCGAGGCGAGCGAGAGGGGCAGCCUGCUGGAGAUCAGCGAGGGCGGCAAGAAGGACAUCAUGCUCUGCGGGAUGGACACGCGGCGGUUCCUCAAGGACGGCGACACCAUCUCCAUCCGCGGGCGGUGCGGCGGCGAGGGCGAGCGCGUGGGCUUUGGGGACUGCGUUGGCAGGAUCUACAGUGCGAUCCAGAGGUGA